AUGUGUGCACAGAUAUCAGGGUUAGGGCCCAGAGGCGGAGCUAGCUGCUCCGGCUCCCAGAGCGGCACACAUGCUGUGUACCUGGGGUCGGGGCCAUGGGGGCAGGGCGAGUGUCUCAGGGGGAGAGACGCCCAUGAGGGCAGAGUGAGCUGCCCAUAUGGAGUGGAGCAAGCCACCCACAGCAGGCUGCUUUCAGGGGGAGAAGGGAGUUGCGCUGCUUUGCCAGGAGCCUUCCUCCCUUCCCUCUUCCUUUUGCCAGCUCAGGGGAGGCUCCCCUUCCACCCAGGAAGCAGCCUGGGGGCAGGGGGCAAUGGCGCACCGCCCAAACGCGACUCCCAAACCUCCCCCAAGUUGUCAAAACGAAGGGGGAAGGCCGCUAGCAAGGCGGCGCACCUCCGCCCCUUCCCCCGACGGCUCGGGGUAGGCUUGGGAGUCACGGGUGGCCGCCACGUCGAAUGUCACCCCCCUCAGUGA